AUGGACACUCUCAAUAGGAACCAGGUGGGCCCUGGAUGUAAGACCCCGGCCCUGGUGCAGAAAGGACCCUUGGACCUGAUCGAAACAGGCAAAGGGCUGAAAGUGCAGACAGACAAACCCCAUCUGGUGAGCCUGGGCAGCGGGCGGCUCAGCACAGCCAUCACCCUUCUACCGCUGGAAGAAGGGAGGACCGUGAUUGGCUCUGCGGCCAGGGACAUCUCACUGCAGGGUCCGGGCCUGGCUCCGGAGCACUGCUACAUCGAGAACCUGCGGGGCACCCUCACCCUCUACCCCUGCGGCAAUGCCUGCACUAUUGAUGGGCUCCCAAUCCGGCAGCCCACUCGGCUCACUCAGGGCUGCAUGUUGUGCCUGGGUCAGUCCACCUUCCUCCGCUUUAACCACCCAGCUGAAGCCAAGUGGAUGAAGAGCAUGAUCCCGGCAGGGGGCCGGGCCCCUGGCCCCCACUACGGUCCUGGCCCAGAAUCCGAAAGCCUGGUGAACGGGAACCACACCCCUCAGCCUGCAACCCGGGGACCCUCCGCCUGUGGCAGCCACAGUUCCCUCGUGAGCUCUAUUGAGAAGGACCUGCAGGAAAUCAUGGACUCACUGGUGCUAGAGGAGCCUGGAGCUGCUGGCAAGAAGCCUGCCGCCACGUCUCCACUGUCACCAAUGGCCAAUGGCGGGCGCUACCUGCUGUCCCCCCCAACCAGCCCCGGCGCCAUGUCUGUGGGCUCCAGUUAUGAGAACACCUCUCCGGCCUUCUCUCCACUCUCCUCGCCAGCCAGCAGUGGGAGCUGUGCCAGCCACUCACCCAGCGGGCAGGAACCAGCACCUUCCCUGCCCCCCCUGGUGCCUGCCCGGUCCUCCAGCUACCAUCUGGCCCUGCAGCCCCCACAGUCCCGACCGAGCAGUGCUCGCCCCUCCGAGAGCCCCCGGCUGGGCAGGAAGGGGGGUCACGAGAGGCCUCCCAGCCCUGGUCUCCGAGGUCUGCUGACAGACAGCCCUGCAGCUACCGUCCUGGCUGAGGCCCGCAGAGCCACCGAGAGCCCCCGGCCGGGUGGGCAGCUGCCCGUGGUGGCAAUCAGCCUGAGUGAAUACCCUGCUUCCAGUGCCCGGGGCCCGCCCACCAGCAUUCCCAGCAGCCCCAAGUUCCAGCCGCCAGUCCCUGCACCCCGAAACAAGAUUGGCACGCUCCAGGACCGCCCUCCCAGCCCUUUCCGGGAGCCGCCAGGUGCUGAGCGGGUGCUGACCACCAGCCCCUCACGCCAGCUGGUGGGCCGAACAUUUUCGGAUGGCUCAGCCACCCGCACACUGCAGCCUCCAGAGAGCCCCCGCCUUUGCCGGCGGGGCCUGGAUAGCAUGAGAGAACUGCCUCCCUUGAGCCCAUCUCUGUCCCGUAGGGCUCUCUCCCCCAUGCCUGCCCGGACCGCGCCAGAUCCCAAACUAACCAGGGACGUGGCAGAGAGCCCCCGCUCCCGGCGCUGGGCAGCCCACGGGGCUUCACCGGAGGACUUCUCCCUGACACUGGGGGCCCGGGGCCGUAGGACACGGAGCCCCUCUCCCACACUCGGGGAGUCCCUAGCACCCCGCAAGGGCAGCUUCAGCGGCAGACUGAGCCCAGCUUACAGUCUGGGCUCCUUGACAGGGGCUUCACCCCGCCAGAGCCCCCGCGCCCAGAGGAAGCUCUCCAGCGGGGACCUGCGGGUGCCCGUCACCCGGGAGCGGAAAAACAGCAUCACGGAGAUCAGUGACAAUGAGGAUGACCUCCUGGAGUACCACCGGCGGCAGCGCCAAGAGCGGCUUCGGGAGCAGGAGAUGGAGAGGCUGGAACGCCAGCGCCUGGAGACCAUCCUGAACCUGUGCGCCGAGUACAGCCGGGCGGAUGGGGAACCCGAGGCCGGGGAGCUGCCCAGCAUAGGGGAGGCGGCCGCAGCCCUGGCCCUGGCCAGCCGGAGGCCCUCACGAGGCCUCGCGGUGGGCCCUGGGGCCCCGGGCCGCGGCAGCGAGGAGCCUGGAGGUGCCACCCAGCGCCUGUGGGAGAGUGUGGAGCGCUCGGACGAGGAGAAUCUCAAGGAGGAAUGCAGUAGCACUGAGAGCACCCAGCAGGAGCACGAGGAUGCCCCCAGCGCCAAGCUCCAGGGAGAGGUGCUGGCCCUAGAAGAGGAGCGGGCUCAGGUGCUGGGGAGAAUAGAGCAGCUCAAAGUCCGGGUGAAGGAGCUGGAACAGCAGCUGCAGGAGUCAGCCCGAGAGGCUGAAAUGGAGCGGGCGCUGCUGCAGGGGGAGAGGGAGGCUGAGCGGGCGCUGCUGCAGAAAGAGCAGAAGGCGGUGGACCAGCUACAGGAGAAGCUGAUGACCUUGGAGACGAGCAUCCAGAAGGAGAGGGACAAGGAGAGGGCGGAGCUGGCCGCGGGACGGAGGCACCUGGAGGCCCGCCAGGCGCUCUACGCCGAGCUCCAGACGCAGCUCGAUAACUGCCCCGAGUCAGUGCGGGAACAGUUACUGGAGCAGCUGAGAAGGGAAGCCGAGGCCCUGGAGACGGAGACGAAGCUCUUCGAGGACUUGGAGUUCCAGCAGCUGGAGCGGGAGAGCCGCGUGGAGGAGGAGCGCGAGCUGGCGGGCCAGGGGCUGCUCCGGAGCAAGGCUGAACUGCUCCGUAGCAUCGCCAAGAGGAAGGAGCGCCUGGCGGUCCUGGACAGUCAGGCUGGGCAGAUCCGGUCCCAGGCUGUGCAGGAGUCGGAACGCCUUGCCCGGGAUAAGAAUGCCGCCCUGCAGCUGCUGCAGAAGGAGAAGGAGAAACUGGCUAUGCUGGAAAGAAGAUACCACUCGCUCACAGGUGGCCGGCCGUUCCCAAAGACCACGUCCACCCUCAAAGAGGCUGACCUGCUCAUCUCUGAGUCCUCAGAGGUGGGGCUGGGGAUGGCAGCUGUGGGCCCCUUCCCAGAGUCUUCUCAGGCUGGGGUCUUCUCUGUUCCCUUAACCCCACCUGCUUCCACUCAGCUCUGCCUCAAAGCGCAAGAGUACGUGACGCUUGAGCAGCUAAAGGCGAUGUGGGGCAGCUCCCUGGUGCCCACGGCCCCCGCGCCGGGCCUGCCUCCCUGGGCCCCUGCCUCCCAGGACCUGGUUCCCACCUCCUGCCUUCCUCUCGCGCUGCCCUCUUCCUCCUCCUUCGCUUCUGUCACGCCUUCGCCCCAGAUGGAGAAGCUGGUGCUCCCCGCUGUAGACUUAGAGCAGUGGUACCAGGAGCUGAUGGCCGGGCUGGGGACGGGCCCCGCUGCCGCCUCCCCUCGCUCCUCCCCCCCGCCUCUGCCCGCCAAAGCUUCUCGCCAGCUGCAGGUUUACCGCUCCAAGAUGGACGGCGAGGCCACCAGCCCCCUGCCACGCACCCGCAGCGGGCCGCUCCCCUCCUCCUCUGGCUCAUCUUCCUCCUCCUCCCAGCUCAGUGUGGCUACCUUGGGCCGCAGCCCCUCACCCAAGAGCACUCUGCUCGCCCAGAACGGCACCAGCAGCCUUCCUCGCAACCUGGCAGCCACCCUGCAGGACAUCGAGACCAAGCGCCAGCUGGCCCUGCAGCAGAAGGGACAGCAGGUAAUCGAGGAGCAGCGGCGGCGGCUGGCGGAGCUGAAGCAGAAGGCGGCAGCGGAGGCGCAGUGCCAGUGGGACGCCCUGCACGGGGCGGCACCCUUCCCCACUGGGCCCGCGGGCUUCCCGCCGCUCAUGCACCACUCCAUCCUGCAUCACCUGCCGGCCUCGCGGGAGCGAGGCGAGGAGGGUGAGCACGCCUACGACACGCUGAGCCUGGAGAGCUCCGACAGCAUGGAGACCAGCAUCUCCACGGGGGGCAACUCGGUCUGCUCCCCCGACAACAUGUCCAGCACCAGCGGCCUGGACAUGGGGAAGAUUGAGGAAAUGGAGAAGAUGCUGAAAGAAGCUCACGCAGAGAAGAGUCGGCUGAUGGAGUCGAGGGAACGGGAGAUGGAGCUGAGGCGGCAGGCCCUGGAGGAGGAGCGGAGGCGGCGGGAGCAGGUUGAACGGAGGCUGCAGAGCGAGAGCGCCCGGAGGCAGCAGCUCGUGGAGAAGGAGGUCAAGAUGCGGGAGAAGCAGUUCUCGCAGGCACGACCCCUGACGCGCUACCUGCCAAUCCGGAAGGAAGACUUUGACCUGAAGACCCACAUCGAGUCGUCAGGCCACGGCGUGGAUACCUGUCUGCACGUGGUGCUCAGCAGCAAGGUCUGCCGUGGCUACUUGGUCAAGAUGGGCGGCAAGAUCAAGUCAUGGAAGAAGCGCUGGUUUGUCUUUGACCGGCUCAAGCGCACCCUUUCCUAUUACGUGGACAAGCACGAGACGAAGCUGAAGGGGGUCAUCUACUUCCAGGCCAUCGAGGAGGUGUACUAUGACCACCUGCGCAGUGCCGCCAAGAGCCCGAACCCAGCCCUGACCUUCUGCGUGAAGACGCACGACCGGCUGUACUACAUGGUGGCCCCGUCCGCAGAGGCCAUGCGCAUCUGGAUGGACGUCAUCGUCACGGGGGCCGAGGGCUACACUCAGUUCAUGAACUGA